CACUGAUCAAAUUUGAAACUGAAACGUCAACUCACAACUGUCAAAUUGUCUUUCUUGUUUUGACAGCUUUCAAAGCUAAAGGCUUAAGCCAUGGCACCCAGGAAAAAUAAAGUUGCUAAAGAGGAGGUCCAGGUGACUCUCGGCCCUCAGCAUCUGGUCGGCGAGACCGUGUUCGGAGUGGCUCACAUUUUCGCCUCGUUCAAUGACACAUUCGUUCACGUUACCGACUUGUCUGGCCGGGAAACAAUUGCCAGGGUAACCGGGGGCAUGAAGGUGAAGGCUGACCGUGACGAGGCCUCGCCCUAUGCCGCUAUGUUGGCCGCUCAGGAUGUUGCUGAAAAGUGCAAGACCUUAGGUAUCACAGCACUACACAUCAAGCUACGUGCAACUGGUGGUAACAAAACAAAGACACCAGGCCCCGGCGCACAGUCGGCGCUCCGUGCCCUUGCCCGUUCCAACAUGAAGAUUGGCCGCAUUGAAGAUGUAACACCUGUGCCAUCAGACUCAACCCGCAGGAAGGGCGGUAGGCGAGGACGCAGGCUGUAAUCUUUUAGUUUAAGCAAACUGUGGACUGAAAUAAAAAGGUUUACAGUUAA